CUGCCACUUCCGGCCAUGCGCAGGAACACACGUGUUUGAGUAGUAGCUAACUGGUGAAAUAUGCUAUUGAUUUGAUAGUUUGGUGUAUGUCACUCAUGGAACUCAAGAAUUAUUAUAGAUCGUAAUAAUAUUUAACUAAGGAAGUGCAGUUAAUUAAAGAUGGGACCGCCGAGGAGUAAGAAGAGAACGCCAAGCUUUCGUAAGCUGCUGAAAACAAGCAACUUAAAACUUGAAAACAAAUCGAGGAACCGUCAGUUCAAGCAGCAAAGCACUGCCAAAAAGUACCGGAAAGAACAAAAGAAAGUCCGGCAAGCUCUCAAAGAUGCAUCCAGCAGGACACCAGCGCCCCUGGAGCGAUACAAGAAAAAGCCAGAGGAGGAAGAGGAUGAGGAAGAGUUUGAGGAGUCCCUCCCAGUGGACAUGAUGGAUGAAGAUGACCUGGAACAGAUGAAGGCUAUGGCUCAGAAAGCCUCCUUUGUCACCAGAGACCUCUCCUCCUGUGAGCCCGUACAUGCCAAAAAGCGCAAGUCGGACAACGCCGUGCAGUCGUAUGAGAAGAUGCCACGGAAGAUGCAGAAGCAGGAGGAGAAGGAAGUUAUUCACCUCCUGCCAAUCAAAGACAAAACCGGCCUCAUCCCUCAGACCAUGGAGAAACCAGUUGUGCAGAAGGUAGAGGAAGAGGAGGAAGAGGAAGAGCCAGCAGAGGACGAUGGUUCACAGAAAGCGUUUGAGCCGAACAUGUCUGCUCUGAGCCCCCAGCAGCAGCUGCAGCUGCGCAGGCAGAAGCUGGAGGACAGGAAACUGCGCAUUGCUGGCUUGGGCUCAGCCAUCCUGUCCGACCCCACAAACAACAUUAAAAAGCUGAAGGAGCUUCGGUCCAUGCUGAUGGAAACGGACCCCUGUGUCGCGGUGACAGUGAGGAAGCUGGUCAUGGUCUCCCUGAUGGAGGUUUUCAAGGACAUCGUCCCCGCCUACAGAAUCCGGCCACUGACGGAGGCAGAAAAGGCUACCAAGGUGAAAAAAGAAACUCAGCAGCUGCGGGAGUUUGAAGAAGGCCUGGUCAGUCAGUACAAAUUCUACCUGGAGAACCUGGAGCAAACCAUAAAAGACUGGAAGCAGAAGAAGAGGAAGAAGAGCGAGGCCGUCUCACUGCAGUCCUAUAAGGGCUUGGCCGAGGUGGCUAUCCGGUGCACCUGUGAGCUGCUGGUGGCUCUCACCCACUUCAACUUUCACAACAACAUCAUAGUCAUGCUGGUGCCCCUCAUGAACGACCCGUGCAAGAAGGUGUCUGAAAUGUCUUGUGACGCUGUGCGGAAGAUGCUCAAGCAGGACAAACUGGGCCACGCCUCCUUAGGACUGGUGAAAGUCAUUUCUGGGCUGGUCAAGAGCCGGAAUUAUGAUGUCAGACCAGAGGUACUGAAGACCCUUCUGUGCCUGAGGAUAAAGGAAGUGGAAGUUAAGAAAGAUGCAGAGGCUGUCGCUCCCAAAAAGAAAUUCAUGACCUUUAAGGAGAAGAGGAAGAACCUAUCGAGAAUGCAGAGGAAGUGGAAGAAAGCAGAAGAGAAACUUGAGAAGGAGCUCCUGGAGGCCGAGGCUUCAGAAAGUAAAGAAAAGAAGCUGAAGUUGCACACAGAGACGCUGAACAUCGUGUUCCUGAUUUACUUCAGGAUACUGAAGAAAGCCCAGAAGUCUGUGCUUCUGCCCUGCGUUUUAGAAGGCCUUGCAAAGUUCGCCCACCUCAUAAAUCUGGAGUUCUUUGACGAUUUGUUAACGGUGCUGCAUAAUCUAAUUGAAUCAGCGGACCUGUCUUACCGGGAGAGCCUCCACUGUAUUCAGACAUCCUUCACUAUCCUCUCCGGUCAAGGUGAUGUCCUUAACAUCGACCCCUUAAAGUUCUACACCCACCUGUACAAAACGCUCUUCCUCCUGCACGCAGGAGCGUCGAACGACGACAUCGCCAUCGUUCUGCAGUGCCUGGACGUCAUGCUGCUGAAGCGCAGGAAGCAGGUCACCCUGCAGAGGGCGCUGGCCUUCAUAAAGCGACUGAGCACGCUCAGUCUGCACGUGAUGCCCAACUCCAGCGUGGGCAUCCUGGCAGCCAAUAGGAUGCUGAUGCAUACGUUCCCUAAGUGUGACAUCCUGCUGGAUAACGAGGCGCAGGGCAGUGGGGUGUACCUGCCUGAGCUGGACCAGCCUGAGUACUGCAACCCUCACAACACCGCCCUGUGGGAGCUGCACGCCAUCAAGAGGCACUACCACCCGGUGGUGAGGAGGUUUGCUGCUCACCUGAUGGCAGGAGCUCCCAGUGAGGGGUCUGGAGCUCUCAGUACAGAGCUCAGCAGGAGGUCACCAGUAGAGCUGUUUGAAGAUUACAGCACAGAGGACAUGACAUUCAACCCACCAGUGUCAGCACCAGCCACAAAGAAAAAGGAUCAUUUCACAAUAGGCCACGCGUUGCUGGACACCGAUUUAAAGAAACGGAUAGACGAUAUUCUCGGAGCAGAAACUCCCGCUCCGGGGUUGGACUUCGCUGCACACCGAAGCCAGGACCACACGUAAAGGAAACCAGAUCUAAAAAUCAGGGGAAUAUGUACCCAAAUGUAAUUUUUUUAAAACCCUCAUGUGAGUAAAUUCCUGUUUAUGUGCUCA